AUUGUCAGCAGUUGCCUAUUCAUCACAGGUACUUCUUGAUAGUCUCUUAAUCUAAGUUUUAUUUUUAUUACAUUUCAUUUAUCCUUUUAUUUUGACACUGUAGGAUCAGUUUGCAGAGUAUUACAGUAUUGUCAUGCCUUACCUUAAGGUUAUAAUGAUGACUGCGAAAAAAGAACUUGAUCACAACCUUCUUGCCAAUUCCGUGGAUUGCAUCACUAUGGUUUGGAUGGCUGUAGGAAAGGAGAAGAUCAGAGAUGAUACUGAUAUGGUUGUGAAAAUGCUUAUCUCUUUACAAAGAUCUGAAUUAGAGGCAAAUGAUCCAAUGAGAUGUCAACUGUUGCAAGCAUGGGCCAGACUGGGGAAAUGCUUGGGAAAAGAAUUCAAACCUUAUAUGAGUGUCUCCAUUCCUCGUUUGCUCAGGUCUGCUAAAAUUGGAUCAUAUGUCCUUAUACCUGAGAAUCCUGACAAUGUUGAUGAAUCAGACGGAAGUAUCAGGGCCCUGAUCCUUGGAGAACGAAAGAUAUGGAUCAAGACUAAGGUCCUGGAGGAGAAAGUUGCAGCUUGUAAAGGGCUGUAUUUACUUGCUGAUGAGUUGAAGGAAGGACUUUCUGUAUGGAUCGAAGAGGUUGCUCAGACUUUAGUUCCAUUUCUCAACUUUCAACUCAACGAAGAGAUUCGAAGAGUUGCUGCUUCAGGUAUUUACACAUCAAUGUUCCUUGACAAAGAAGGCAUAAUUCUGCAAGUUAAAACUAAUGCUCAGAAUAGAUUGCAGAUUUCCUGA